UGGUUUUGAAAUUCAGCUCUUGUUCCAUUACCCACUUUGCUCUGUCCGCAAGACGAUGCCCCAUUGGCAAACAAUGGGUCUACAGCACCUGCUCCUCAUGUUGCUGGGUUUGACCUUGCUGUCAUGCCCAGCAACAUUCGGAAAAAUGACAGCCGAACAAAAACGGAUUCAGAAAGAACUUGCCGAUAAGGCGGACAAGGAGAUCAUGUUUUUGGACCACAACGUUUUGGAUACAGUGAUUCAGAAUGAAGCUUGGCUGGUCUUUUAUGGGGCGAAUUGGUGUCCAUAUACUCAACGGUUCACACCCAAAUGGCUCGAAGUGCAAAACCGAUUCCUCCAAAAAAAGUACGCAGACCGGGGCAUCCACAUUGGAAAAGUCGAAUGCAGUAUACCGGACGUUUACCAUGGUGUAGCGGACUUUUGUACCAACCACGGGGUGGACGGGUUUCCUACCGUCAAUGUAUACAUUAACGGGACACUCAUUGAGGAAUACCCGGAGGCAGAUGAGAUUGAUCCUUUGAUGUCAUAUAUUGACCGGUUGGUGGUCAAGUAUGAGGAGAAGAAGGCGGCAGAAGCGUUGGUAAAGGCUCAAGCACAGAAAGCGGAUGCAAAGACUAGCAAGUUGGACAACGUGGAAAUGAACAAGACAUUGGCGCAGGCGCCUGUUGAAAACACACUUGUUCAGCACUCCAAAUCCAAUCCAGCUCCCUACCUCAUCGUUGCGGGUGGCCUGAUAGCCAGUAUGUGUGGCAUCAUUCUCUACCGACGACGGCAGGCCGCAUUAAAGGGAGCCUACCGUCGUGUCGAUUUGUGAGGAUGUUGCGGUUCUUUGGGAAGACUCCAGUAGGACCGAUAAGAUGGCUUAACGUCACAUGUGUUGGCCUAUACGAUUUCUAUGAUUGCACUCGUACCUACUUUCUUUUUGGCAUUGGGUCCUGUUCUUUAAUUUUUUAUUCUAUAUAAUAGAAAUGGUCUUGACAGUAGCUGCUCCCGGCGUAGGGAAGCUGGACAAAAAAUAUGGGGUACAAAACACUCCUCGAAAAAGAGGG